GUGAGUUGAAUAUUUGGAGUUGAAUAUCUAUUCGCUAUCGAUCCAUUCUGAGGAAAGACAAGAAUGUGUUAUAUGAAUCAGCUGUUUGCUGAUAUUUAACACAGUCUUCCUUUAUUGUGAUUAUAUAACACUAUAAAUAAUGUGAUUUAUCAGAGAUAAAUAAUAUUGAUACAUUUUGUUACGUUAGCAAUUAUUAUCAGUGGAAGGCAACAUGGAAACGUCUGACAAGAGAGAGAUUUCAACUACAUUGAGGAAAGUAUUGGCAGUGGAUGCUUAUUUAACAGAUGAGUUUGUUAAAUUAGUGGAAAAGAUUUUACCUUUAAGACAAUUAAAAGUGCAUAACAAAUUAUUAGAGAUAUCAUGUCACGGUAUACCUUGGCUUGCAAUAUCUCUUGUUUCAAUUUGGGUUUUCAAUAUCAAAUCCUUGUAUCAAAUGCAAAUGAACCUUUUAAUAGGAUUGUUGCUCGACAUCAUCAUAGUUGCUGUGCUCAAGGCAGUUACAAGAAGGAGACGACCAACCAUUAAUGACGAUCCAUUCUCUUUGGGUCCUGAUAAAUAUUCUUUUCCAUCAGGACAUUCAUCUCGUUCAGCAUUUGUUGUGUAUUUUUUCUUCAAUCUGUGGCCUAUAUCGCUGAUAUAUUCACCACCUUUGCUAGCAUGGUCCUUUUCUGUAUGCAUGUCCAGACUACUGAUGAGAAGACACUACAUAUUAGAUGUACUUGGUGGUGUACUUUUAGGUAUCUUCGAGGGCCUACUUAUGGGUUAUAUGUAUCUAGAACAGGAGACGUGUAUGUAUUUAAUUUCAUGGAUUACGGACGAAAAAAUACCUGGGUCUGAAUAGUGCUCAGAUUAUUGUGAUAUAUAAAAUAUAUUGGAUUGUUUAUACAUAUAAUUUUUAUAAUCAGUUAUAUUUUUUAUUAAAAUAAUAAUGUCAAUUAGAAAAAUCUGAAAGUUUAGAAU